AUGCCGGGUGAGAAGGAUAGACAACUGAUAGUGGACACAGAGACAUCCAGCAGAACCCCCAAGAUACGGAAGAAGCUGAUAAAGCAAACUCUGCUUCGACUGGUGCAUCUGGCAGCUGGAUUCACUUGGGACUCACCGCAGGAGGCAGUGAUAACUCCACAGCUCCAUUGCGGGGGGCCCGUGGGAAGCCUUCCAAGCACUUCCCCACAGGGACACGGGGAGGGUGCUGUGGGUCGAGGUAUGAAAUGGCUUAUCUAGAUUUUAAACAAUUUGAUAUUUACACCUGUCCAGGGUAUACAUGUAAGCACAGUGAAUUUUAUUAAAUGUGGAGAUCCAGGUAAAUAUCAGAGGAUAAAAUAGAUUCCAUUUCUAAGCAUUUUGAUAACACAUCUGAAUUAUAAUUGCCUCCCCAAUUCUAUUUUCAAGGAAGAAGGUACAAUAGUGUUGUUUUGAAACCCUAAAGAUACAGCUGUUUCAUUUUGCCAUUUCCAUAACAAUAUGCCAAGUGUCCCCAGUUACAGCUCCAGGGAUGAGUUCUUUUCAGGAUUCAUGAUAGAUCUUCAGCUGGGAUCCUGUUUUGAUCCUGCAGUCACCUGGAACAAACAUGUUGGAGAUAAGAGUUCUGUGAUCAUAGUAUAUGAAGACGUGAAAGGGCAUAUUGCGCAUCUCGCUUUUGCUGUACUGCUUUCAGAACCUGCCGGUGUAAAGCAGAUAGCUGCAUCCUUUGGAUUCUCACCAACAGCUGAGCAGAUCCAGGCCAUUGCAGGAAGGCACACUUUUCAGCCAGUGAGUGUUAAAGCUCAGGAGACUUGUGGUGCUGUUGGCUUGAUUCUUUUCCAUAAAGGUGUUUUUGGAGACUGGAAGAAUGUUUUCACUGAAGCUCAGAACCAGAAAUUGGUUACCAAAUUCACAGUGCCUAGAAGUAGCUAA